UGUUCUGCCCGUGGCGGCCAAUGAUCUCUUGCUACGCGGGUGCUUGACACCCAUUGCUUGUACAUAUCCACUCGUCUGAUCUGAUGAUCCUCCCAAAUUAGCGUGAGACCCUUCUCAUUCUUUCGACAAGCUUCGGGGCAGAGAAGCGGUCUGAUCCCCCGCUGCAUUCGAGCUUGUUCUUGGCUUCAGAGACACUGAACCGUGGAAGCUGUACAGCUGCGUCCCCCUCGACGUCAUCACGAGCCAGUCCCUCGUCCCUCCUCGUCAACGAUCAAUGGUGUGUCGAGAGCUGAAGCCGGGCGAGCAAAGGUGGCGGCGGUCCAACACAGCCUCCCCUCAUUUUACUCAGCCGCAUACGUUAGUCCAAGCAGACUUUCGGGGUUUGUGCUGAUUCUGUCUGGUCUCUCACAUGCGCGCGCCUCUGUUUAAAAACGGUUGACACCCGCCGAUGGUCGUCGCACUCGUCAUUCUCGUCAUCUCUCUUCGUUUGUGACAACCCCUGUCGCGACGGCACAUCUACCCUCAGCAGCUCGGAGGAUAAAUACCCACCCUACGAUCCAAAACCGAAACCAGUCCCACGGCAACAAACCUGAUCUCGAGUAACUAGCAAUAACAGUCAGUACUCGACGCCAAGAUGGCCGCGCCCGCAGUGCACCACCUCCCGCAGGCCGGCAACUCGGUCGGCAUCUUCCCGCAGAUGACGGCGCGGCAGAGCGAGACGCUCGUGCUCAAGGAGAAGAUGCUGUCCCUGACGGGCGACAGCUUCGACAUCAAGCUCGCCAACGGGCAGCCUAUCCUCCGCGUGCAGGGCAAGGCGCUGUCCAUCUCGGGCCGCAAGUCCGUCUACGACAUGGCGGGCAACCACUUGUUCGACAUCGUCAAGGAGCACUUACACAUUCACACGACCUUCGUGGCGCAGGACCCUCAAGGGAACAAGAUCAUGGAGGUCAAGAGCAGCUUUGCGCUCAUCGGGUCCAAGGCGACGGCCACCUUCAUAUCCCCGCACUCGGGCAAAAGCGAGACCCUCGAGAUGAAGGGCAACUGGCUGUCGACGCAGGCCGAUAUCGUCGAUACGACGACGGGCCAGGUGCUGGGCCGGAUCGACCGCAACAUGCUGCGGGUGCGCGACUUUCUAGGAGGCAAACAGACGUACGCGCUGACGGUGGCGCCGGGCGUCGACAUGGCCCUCAUGUGCGCCCUGUGCAUCUGUCUGGACGAGAAGAAGAACGACCAGAAGGGUUAAGGGGCUCUUUGCCGGCCUGGUGCGUGUUGUUCGGGGGGAUAGUGUUUUUUUAUUCUUUUUGGUUGAUAGUCCAUGAUACCUGGCGCGAAAUGAGAAUGUGAAUCUGUUGAAUUUGGGUGUAUCCAGUAUUGUGGUAUGCCUGGCAGCUCGUGGCUCAGAGGUCAGGGACUUGUGGAUAGAACAACGUCGAGAAUCCUGAACAGCAGCACAGGGUCACCGAAUCAGGUUGGUUGCUCUUCUUUCUCCCCGCCUCUUGAUUCGGCUCGAGAAGAUUAGAUGUAGACUUGAACAAGCACCUCACUGAUGAAAAAAAAAAACCCGCCCAAAAAAAAAAAACUGGGACAGCGACUAACACACGCGGGAUGUGACCUGACACUGUUCCUUCGACUAGACGACGCUUACGACCUACCUGCUUGGCGCCUUCGAGGUCCCCUCCGCCGGCGAGGGAGGAGGCAUGGUACAGCAUCACGGCGUCCAGGGCUCCCACCGGCCACCUCGUCGUCGCCGUCAACGGUACGCUGAUCCUCAAUGUCUUGCACGCCUACCACCCCCGUGUCCUUGCCGGCGGCGGCGGCGGCGGCACGCCGUACGCGCGUGCCUCAACGGCCGAAAUGCGAGAAGUUCAUCUGGCUCGGCGAUCUCUACGACACGGCCAGGCGUGAGCGUGGACGACAGGGCGCAAGUGGCAAAAGGUCGGCGACUGGCUUCUGCGGCAGAUCAACCUAUGGGACGGAGCUGCUCACCCGUCAGUACACAAAGUAUCGAGUGAUAUCUAGAGCCUUGGUCAACUCACAGUUGGCGGUUCUCCCACUCGUCAAUGGGUCUGCCCCGCCGACGCGUGUCCACGCGUUUCUCGAAAUAGCCAAGACCAGCCAACACACCUAAAAAUCGCCGGUUUUAUUGUGGAUUCGCGUCGUGUCCGGGCAUCGCGUGCCUCCACUCUGCGAGAGGCCCAU